AGGGGGAGGCGGGGAGGAGAAAACCCACAACAAAACUUGCGUCGCCGAGAGCACGGCUCGACUUGAAUGGCAGGAGCCCGCGCCCGCGGAGCGCAGAGGCGACUCGGAAGAACGCGGUCUGCUGGCAGGGCGCGGCGCGGCGCCGGAGCGCAGCAGCUCCUUCCAGCUAGCCCACCCUUGGACCUCUUUACAGACAGAGAAACUGAGGCCUAGAGAGAAGCUGAGAUCUGCCCCCGGGACGCGCGCACAGGCACCAUGGCCCAGAGCAGAGCGCUGCUGCUCCUGCUGCUGUUGCCACCGCAGCUGCUGCUGGGACUGGUGCUUGCCGUGAGGGCCCCAGGGUUUGGCCGAAGUGGCACCCACAGCCCAAGCCCCGAAGAGAACGAAUUCGUGGAGGAGGAGCCGGUGCUGGUCCUGAGCCCCCAGGAGCCAGGGCACGGCCCAGCCACCAUCGACUGCCCCCGAGACUGUGCCUGCUCCCAGGAGGGUGUCGUGGACUGUGGCGGCAUUGAUCUGCGCGAGUUCCCAGGGGACCUGCCUGAGCACACCAACCACCUGUCCCUGCAGAACAACCAGCUGGAGAAGAUCUACCCUGGCGAGCUCUCCCGGCUGCAUCGGCUGGAGACGCUGAACCUCCAAAACAACCGCCUGACUUCCCGAGGGCUCCCGGAGGAGGCGUUUGAGCAUCUGACCAACCUCAAUUACCUGUAUCUGGCCAAUAAUAAGGUCUUGCUACCCCCACUCUUCCCUUUCCAGUUGACCCUGGCACCCCGGUUCCUGCCAAAUGCCCUGAUCAGUGUGGACUUUGCAGCCAACUAUCUCACCAAGAUCUAUGGGCUCACCUUUGGCCAGAAGCCAAACUUGAGGUCCGUCUACCUGCACAACAACAAGCUGGCGGACGCCGGGCUGCCGGACAACAUGUUCAACGGCUCCAGCAACGUGGAGAUCCUCAUCCUGUCCAGCAACUUCCUGCGACACGUGCCCAAGCACCUGCCACCCGCCCUCUACAAGCUGCACCUCAAGAACAACAAGCUGGAGAAGAUCCCGCCCGGUGUCUUCAGUGAGCUGAGCAACCUGCGUGAGCUGUACCUGCAGAAUAACUACCUGACUGAUGAGGGCCUGGACAAUGAGACCUUCUGGAAGCUCUCCAGCCUGGAGUACCUGGAUCUGUCCAGCAACAAUCUGUCGCGGGUCCCCGCGGGGCUGCCCCGCAGCCUGGUGCUGCUGCACCUGGAGAAGAACGCCAUCCGGCGCGUGGACGCCGACGUGCUGACCCCCAUCCGCAGCCUCGAGUACUUGCUGCUGCACAGCAACCAGCUGCGCGCGCAGGGCAUCCACCCUCGGGCCUUCCAGGGCCUCAAGCGGCUGCACACGGUGCACCUGUACAAUAACGCGCUGGAGCGCGUGCCCAGCGGCCUGCCCCGGCGCGUGCGCACCCUCAUGAUCCUACACAACCAGAUCACCGGCAUCGGCCGCGACGACUUCGCCACCACCUAUUUCCUGGAGGAGCUCAACCUCAGCUACAACCGCAUCACCAGCGCGCAGGUGCACCGCGACGCCUUCCGGAAGCUGCGCCAGCUGCGCUCGCUGGACCUGUCCGGCAACCGGCUGCACACGCUGCCCCCCGGGCUGCCGCGGAACGUGCACGUGCUGAAGAUCAAGCGCAACGAGCUGGCCGCUCUGGCGCGUGGGGCGCUGGCCGGGAUGGCGCAGCUGCGGGAGCUCUACCUCACCGGCAACCGGCUGCGCAGCCGGGCCCUGGGCCCCCGCGCCUGGGCCGACCUCGCAGGGCUGCAGCUGCUGGACAUCGCCGGGAAUCAGCUCACUGAGAUCCCCGAGGGGCUCCCGCGGUCACUCGAGUACCUGUACCUGCAGAACAACAAGAUCAGUGCCGUGCUCGCCAAUGCCUUUGACUCCACACCCAACCUCAAAGGGAUCUUCCUCAGGUUCAACAAGCUGGCUGUGGGCUCCGUGGUGGACAGCGCCUUCCGGAGGCUGAAGCACCUGCAGGUCUUGGACAUAGAAGGCAACUUUGAGUUGGGUGACGUUUCCAAGGACCGGGGCCGGGUGAAGGAGGCUGAGGAAGACGAGGACGAGGACGAGGAGGACGAGGAAAGGCGAUAGUGACGGGGCAACUGGAUCCGACGUAGGACGAUGGACCGCUGGAGCCUUUCUGCAGCCCGGGCCUGAGCACGUGAGCCACACUCCGCAAAUCGCUCACAGACAAGCCCAGCACAGCCCCUGCUGGCCCCUCCACGCACAGACUGGACCCAGUCUCCCAUCCCCACCCCUUCCUGCAGCGCAUCCACAACCAGACACAAACAGACACCACACCGCCCCCACUCUGCACCCACACCCCCUUCACCCUGAGUCCUGCAUCCUCGGGGAAGGGUCUGACCUGUCCUGGCACUCAUGGGUGCUGCUCCCUGCCCCAUGGAUAUAUAUGCGCAUGCACGGGCGCACGCGCACACACACGCACACACAUGUCAUGUGCAAACAGCCCUUCUUGGCAGAAAUGACCACAACGGCUCGCCACCUGCUGGUCCAUCUAUCUCUCGGGGAAGAUGCAGAGUUAUUUCCGAGCUCUCUGCAGCCAGGCGCCUGUACCCUCUGGAACUCACAAAAGCUGGCUUUUGUUCCUUUCCCUUCAUCUGGGGACAGGAACCUCUAGGACUGCUGCCCUGGCCCAUGCGCCCCGCUCCCCACCACUGGGGCAGUCACUCCCCGCCACACCCUGGCCGGCCCCAGGCAUGCCUUUGAUGGGCAAGCCCCUCCGAGGCCAGAGGGAUGGUCUGGGUGUGCUGGGGGGCCGCGGGCCUGCCCUAGGUGGAGAUGGUGGGGCUGGCCUGAGCAAGAGCCAAGGGCCCAGCUGCACCGAUGAGAGACCUUUUUUAUUUUUUGGGCCUGAGGGGAGUUCUGGGUACCUUUGGGUUUUUUAAUUCUUUUUUAAGAGAAAAAAUGAUAAAGACUUCAAAGCUGAUUUUUCUUGUUACAGAAAAGCUAAUAUAAAAGCAUUACCCCUGUCUGGCA